AUGCGGGUCAUCCCGUUACCCGCAGUCACACAGCCCCGCAUCCGAAAAUGGUCGCACGACGGCCGGCGGUCAAAAGACUACAAGAUGAUGGGACCAUUAAGUUCACCCCCCGAGGGAGAAGUGUGUGUAGAGGGCCCUUACCUGCUAUCCAAGGCUGCUCAGGAGGCACGAGAAGAGCUGGCCAUAUGGACCGGUGGACAGCUUAUCGCAGGAGAGGAUUACAAGCUGGAGGGACAGGCCAAUAGAUAUUAUUAUCGGACAGCUACUUUGAAGCGGUUUGUGGAGCUACUGCUAAGGCACAUGCAAUUGGAGGGGUGGACCUAUACGAUGUACCGAAGUUCAGAGACCCAACCCGUCCCCGCCAGCUCCAUCGUCGUUCCCAUCAACGUGAUCGCUGGUAUUCCCGAAUUCGUAGACCCCAGGCACUCCAACGCCGUCCAAAGGCUGCUUGUUGGCUACUUUUUCCGGGUAAACCGACACAGAAUUGCCCUCAUCCAGCUCACCAGGGACAAGCUCGUCUGGAAAGAAGAGGACAGCGUUCCGAAAUUAGACUAUCUAGUAGUGGAGAGGGCUGUGUAA